AUGCACGUCUUCGUAACGGUAGGAACGACCAAGUUUGAUGCGCUUGUAGCAGCUCUGGAUACCGACGCGUGUCUGUCUGCAUUGGUAGAACGAGGUUUCACAUCGUUACGGAUGCAGAUUGGUCAUGGUAAGCGACUGCCGCGCGCAUCGUUUCCAGGUCUAAAGCUGAGUUUUUACCGUCACGACCCGCAGUAUAAGAGCGACGUGGCUUGGGCCGAUCUAGUCAUCAGUCAUGCCGGCGCUGGCUCCAUUAUGGACAGUCUUGCACUGAAAAAGAAGCUGAUUGUUGUAGUAAAUACGAUGCUUAUGGACAACCAUCAGCAAGAGUUGGCCGAAGCCAUGGCUGAUCAGAAAUACUGUCUACAGACGUCAGUAGACGGACUACAGAGCGUGUUGGAGCGUGGUAACUGGGAUGACCUGCAUCUGUAUCCCCAGCCAAAUGAGCAAGCUUUUUCUGACUUGAUCGAUGCAGUCAUGGGGGUCACUCAAGCGACGAAGGAGCAAUGGGAAGACAAAGACAAGUGA